UUAUGAGUCAUCGGGAGAGCAGACACCGAGAAGUUUUUCCCCUGAUGAUGUUAGCUGAGGCAAGAAAUUUUGUUAAUUUUGUAUUCGCUAUCUGAAAAGCGCACCAUUCCGUUAGAAUACACUUCCAGUUCAGCAGGACACUGAAAAAAUAAACUAUGGCUGAAGGGGGUUCAGAUACUCCCUGUGAUGAAACAGAUGCUUCAUCACAUUUGCAUUUCGAGCAAACACGCAUUGAACGACAGGUGAGCCGUGAUGACGUUGGAGAGCAAGCGACCGUCCUCCUCCAGCAUUUCAUUGUCGAUCGAUUCCAGCAGGACGGUUUUGAAAACGCGCCGGGACUGGAUGACCUGAGGGCGGGGCUGGCUGUCCCCAGAGAGCAGGAGGUCGUGUGGACAGAGGUCGGCUGCAUGCUCAGGUCAAUAGGAGAUACGUUAGAUAGGGAUCGAGAAUUACAGAGGAUGAUAAACUCCGUUCCUUCCGAUUCACCCAUCGAGGCAAUCAUAGCAGUAGCCCAUGUGAUCUUCGGGGACGGUGAUAUAACCUGGGGGAGGAUAGUCGGUCUCUUCUACUUUGCCUACAGGAUGUGUGCGAGGGCUAUAGAGUCUGUUCUGGAUAAGAGCUUUCCAAGUUGGAUCAACAAGCUGAUCAAAGAAGUCGUCAAGUUCCUCGUCAUUAAGUUUGCCCACUGGAUUGUCAACAAAGGAGGAUGGCUGGCCAUCCGUGAAUACAUGGGCUCCCCAACCUGGAUAUGGGGCACUCUUGUCGCCCUCUCUGCCAGCUGCUUAGGCUUUUCAUUAUACAAGUUGAGUAGAUGAAGGCCUGCCAAGACAACUCUACAUUUUAUUGAGUGAAUGGGACUGUAGGAAAACAUUUACGAAAUAAUAAAACCUUCAAGAAGUGUUUCUUUCAAUGAGAUUGAGACCUGCCACUGCAGCUCUACAUUUUAUUGAAUGUGUGGGACUGUAGGAAAACAUUUAUGAAAUAUUAGAACUGUCAAUUGAAUCAGUAUUUCUUUCUGCGAGACUUAAUCUGCCGAACAGUUCCAGUCUCAUCUGUCCACUUGUGAGAGUGAGAUGAUGUCGCCAACAUCAAAUGCAAGGUAUGGGACUAUAAUGGAAAUAUUUUUGAAGUUUACAUGUAGAUCAAUCUUGUGGCUGAGUUAUUCAUUUGAGCUUUUAUGAAAGAUAUAAUUACUACAGUGUCCCUAUAUAUGUUAUGAUUUUAUGAUGACAUUGAAUCAUGGGACAUAUAAGUCCAAAGGUGUAUAUAUCUUAAAUGAUGCAUUUUUGUAAACUCAAAAGUUUCUUUUAUAAAUCUGUAUUUAUGUGUUAACAUAGAUCUUUGUAGUCCCUAUCUUUGUUAUAUCAAGUAUUCAAACUCACUUUUCAACAAAUAUAUCUCGAAGUUGAACUUGAUGAUAAAACGGUUCUGUGACAUUUACUCCAGCUGCAAUUGCUUCGCUUUAAAUUCCACAUACUCAUUGAAUGACCAACUACAACCCUUUUCCCUAUUCUAAAUUUUAUGUUAUUUUAUUUAUUUAUUUAAAUUGAAACCUUAUUUAAACCUAACCCUAAACCUACCAUAAACCCCUAUUGCAAAUGUAAACCUAGAUCUAUGACGAAAUGAAGCCCGUAGCAAUUGUUGCAGCCUGAGCAAAUGGUGUGUCACUAUACUUCUAAAAUGGUUGUGGAAUAUUACCCCUAUAAACAAAUUUGAAAUUGUGCCAUAUAAAUGUACAAUUAUUAUUGAUUUUUUUUAAAGUCAAGCAAUGCUAUCACAUUGCCAGGAACACUGAAAUAGCCAGACAACACCAAUUUCCUUUUGUUAGUCAAUGAAAUUCAUGUAAAAUCUUUUUUUUUGUUGCAUUGAUUAAUUACAUUCAUAUGCUGCGGGGGUUAUGAAGCAUACUUUAUAGUAUUUUGUUGAUAUGCAUCCCUUUUGAUAGACUGUCCAUUCUAAGAUGUAGUAAUAGAAAUAUUUAAUUAACAUUUGUAUACAUAAAUGUCAUAAUGUACACUUUCUGAUGUCUCAAACAAUAGAGUUAUAAAUUAUGUUAUGAGAGGUGGCUAGAGGUCCCACAUGCCCCCUCCUCUAAAAUAAAAAAAAAUUGUAGAAUAGAAUAUCUAAGUGAUUAAGCAAGGAACAGUUGGAUACAUACCAAAAUUUGGUCUUAUUUUGUCAAAUUAUGGAGUGCGUGCAAUUCCCAAUGGCAUUGGUGUAUUUAGUUAGAAAAAUAAAUCCACAAAUCUUUUGACGAGACUAGCCGCAAUAUUGGCAUAAAUAUCGGCAAAUAUUCUUUUAGAAUGCAAACACUGUUAAAAUAAACGCCAACCAUUGUAAUCACUGUGAAACCCUUGGCAUUUAUCAAAUCCUGCUACCUCAAUGAGUUAGGCAACCAACUAGAGGUAUAUCACAGACUGACUGAGAGAUUAGAAUCCAACCAAAAAGUAGAAAAUAAAAAUAUACCAAAAGAAGGGGUUUUGGUCUGAGAAUUUUUUUAAUUAGUGGAGGGGGGGCAUAUGAAACUUUUUCCGUAAACUUUCUUAUAUAUAUUUUAUAAUAAAAAAUGGUCUCAUAUUGUCUGAAAUCUGUGAAAACACCCAUUCAAAACAUUUUGACAUUCCACAUAUGUAAUUCGGUGACGAGUAAAAUAAAAUGAUUUAAAUUUCACAUACUGUAUCAAUGGACACAGUCUACGCAAAACAUCAGUUACUCUUGUGUGAAACUUCAGUGAGCACACAUAUUGCGUGCAUUUUGCAGGCCGGAAGGGAAAUCUCAUUGGUCCUUCGGCCGUGUUGAUACUGACCAUUAAAAGAACCCAUUGAAGGUCUUUCAUAUGAUAAUGAUCAAGAUUACUAUUUUUGUCUCGCCCACCAGAGGUGAAGGCGAGACUUACAUGUAGGGGUCCCAAUGUCGUCCGUCGUCCGUCCGUCACAAACUUAAUGACACAUAAACUCCACAACCGUAAGUCGCUUUUCAACCAAACUU